CUCUUCAAUGAGGCUUGUGGGGAAGGAGAGGGGGUCUUGUUUGUUUGAGGGACUAGAAGUUGGUUUUUGAAGGCGGAAGUUCCGUUCUGCUCCAGAGGCGAUGAUGAGUUUCGAGUGGCCCUGGCAAUACAGUUUCCCGCCCUUCUUCACGUUACAGCCCAAUGUGGACACAAGACAAAAACAGCUGACAGCUUGGUGUUCUUUAGUGCUUUCAUACAGUCGUGUCAACAGAUUGUACAUCAUGACAGUUUCAGAGGCCCAGGAGAGCCCCCUGUUCAACAAUUGGAAACUGCAGCGAAAACUCCCAUUGGAAUCUAUUCUUGUUGUGCUAGAGGAACUCAGGAAAAAAGGGAAUCUUGAAUGGCUUGACAAGAACAAAUCUAGCUUCCUAGUCAUGUGGCGACGUCCAGAAGAAUGGGGCAAGCUCAUCUAUCAGUGGGUAUCAAAGAAUGGUCUAACCAACUCGGUUUUCACACUGUAUGAGUUAUCUAAUGGGGAGGACACAGAGAAUGAAGAGUUCCAUGGUUUAGAAGAGUCCAUGCUGCUUCGUGCUCUGCAAGCUUUACAACAGGAGCACAAGGCUGAAAUCAUCACCCUGGAUGAUGGGCGAGGCGUCAAGUUCUUCUAAGAAAGAUUCUGCUCUGGCUUUCUAGCCUGACUCAUUUUUCGGGAUUGAAAGGCUUCUCUGUGCUCUGGUUUCCUUGCAUCAAAGGCCUCAAACAACAAAACAUUGCCUUGACAGUUCAGCGUCUGACUCCAUGUUUCUCCUUUCUGCUGCUGCUUCUGUUCCUUUGAGGGUUUGUGGUGUUGGUGAUGCUCCGAAUAGAUUCCUGAGGGAACCAGAGUGCUGUACACUGGACUCAGCUGACGUGAAACAAAUCCUGGCUGUGUGAUUUUUGGCCUUCCAAACUGCAGGGAACACUGCAGAUCCUGCUGCCUGCAACAACGCAGCACCAUUUUGGAUCAAAAAUACAGUGCUCCUCCUCUAGUAGGGCAGGAGGGCAUGCCGACUGUGCUAUCCAGAUCAGGAUGAAGUAUUUAGGACUUUGGGCAAAAUUAAACCAUAAUUAUUUACUAGAAUAUUCUAUUUCUCUGUGUGUUCUCUUCUUUGGGGUAUUUCAAGUUUUUAUUUCCUCUGCAACCCCAGGUUUAGCUCUGGAACAGCUGGUAUUCUAACUGCUUCUUUGUAGUUCAGCAUGUUCCUUUCUCUGGCAGCAAGAAACCGCCUAGCCGAUACUUCUCCAGCUUUUGACCCCUGAGAAGCAGAGGUUGCACUCCAUUACCCAAAUGAAUGUCUUGUAAUUCAGAUCGGUUUCGGCUUUCAAAAAGGAGAAGAGGUUUGUUUGUUUAGAUUUUGAGCCAGAAGUCUUUUGAGAGUUUAUGAUGGAUCACAAAGGGAAAGGCUGCCUAAGAUUUGACUUGUUGACCUUUUGAAACUUUGUUUCUCUCCAUCACAUGUAUACCACCAAGAAUGUAGAAAAAUAACAAUGGUAAAAAUUUGCUGGCACUUCCCUUGAGAGCUCUGCUGAACACACAUAUGAAUGAAUGUUGAAACUAAUAUACCUUCACUAGGGAAUUCAUUCUGGUUGAAUGAAAAAGCAGAUUGAACGCUUGUUAAACUCUA